CAAUAAUCUGAAAGAUACAGAUUGCCAAUGAGAAUGAAGUUUAUCUCCAUCGUAGGCAUCAUCUUAGCUUUGUCUGGAGUUGAGCCUUUCAUUGAGCCACCGAAGAUAAAAAAUCCGAUCUGUUUUCAAGAACCGGGCAAAAACUCAGAUGGAAAUACCACUUGCUACGACUUUGAGCCACGUUUCAGCUAUUACAACAAUACAAACGAGUGCAAGGGCUUUUUGUACGGCGGGUGUGGUGAGAAUGAUAAUAAUUUCUUCAACUUAAUUGGAUGCGAGGCCGAAUGCAUGUAAUAAACCAUUGCUAAAACUAUAUACACGAAUUCUUCAGCAAUAAAAGGAUAUGCAGUGGAA